CCGCGCGCACGGUCAGGUAGCGCAGCAACACCGUCCGCGACUCAGACAGCACGGACAAGGAGACAUUCAAACGCUUUCUUUCUUCCGCGGUCUGCGUGACUGACAGCGACUGCUCAUAUUUCGAGACUUUUAAGUUUCUGUGAACGGACAAGAGAGUAAUUUGUAAUUGAGAGUCCGGGGUCGCGACUGACAGGACGAUGCCCGUAUCCGAGAGUGACGGAGCUCGUGCCGCUUUACACUUUCAGCAAGUGGUAUAGAGUUAAUAACCUGAAGACAAGCGUGAUGGACAUGGACUGAAUGAAGAAUGCCGCACGUUUGGGAGUUCAUUCUCAUUCUCAACAUUAACGUCAUCUUUUUAGAAGCACAGCCCGUGUCAUCAAAGCUUCACGAUGGUUGGUGGGCAUACAAAGAUGUUGUCCAAGGGAGCUUUAUACCAGUGCCGUCUUUCUGGGGACUGGUUAACACUGCAUGGAACCUUUGCGCUAUUGGAAAGAGACAGUCGCCUAUCAAUAUCGAAACAAGUCGAAUGAUAUUUGACCCCUUCCUCGGCCCGCUCCGGCUCAACGUCGGGCAACGAAAGGUCAGCGGAACCAUGUAUAACACGGGUCGACACGUGUCCCUGCGCCCAGACAAGUCGCAUCUGGUGAACAUCUCCGGUGGGCCGCUGAGCUACAGCUACAGGCUGGAGGAGAUCCGGCUUCAUUUUGGCAGCGAGGACAGCCGGGGUUCAGAGCACCUGCUCAACGGCCAGGCCUUCCCUGGAGAGGUGCAGCUCAUCCAUUACAAUCAGGACUUGUACUUAAAUUACAGUGAUGCUGCCAGGGGCCCUAACGGAAUUGCGGUUGUUUCUAUUUUCAUGAAGAUUUCUGAGCCUACUAAUUCAUUUCUAAACCGAAUGCUGAGCCGAGAGACCGUUACAAGGAUUACAUAUAAACAUGACGCGUACUUACUGAUGGGGCUUGAUAUUGAAGAGCUGUAUCCAGAAACCUCUCGGUUCAUCACAUAUGAGGGGUCCAUAACUAUUCCACCGUGCCUUGAGACAGCCACCUGGAUCUUAAUGAAUAGGCCAAUAUACAUCUCACAGAUAGAGAUGCAAUCUCUUCGACUUCUCAGUCUUAACCAGCCGUCUCAAAUCUUCCUGAGUAUGGGUGACAACAUGCGACCAACGCAGUCGCUCCACCAGCGCUGCAUCCGCACCAACAUCAACUUCAGUCAGAGAAGAGACUGUCCCAACAAUCGUGUGAUGAGGCCGCAGUACAGAGUGAACGAAUGGCUUCUGAAAUAACGGUUUGACAUUGAUAAGUUACUUUGGGAUUUCCAGCAGCAGCUGCAGAAUACAAUGGAUGGACAGAAGACGUUUGGACGUAUACUGAAAGAUGAAUCUAUCAAUAAAUCAAAAGGAAAAGAGGAUUCUUCAAUAUAAAAGAAACUACUUUUAUACUUGUUUAUAUGUUUAUAAUAGUAGCUGAUAUAUCAACCAGAGACAGUGAAAGCAGUUGCUCAUUUAUCUUUUUUGACUGGAGUUCUAUCAGCCAGGAUAUUGUUCACAUGGACAAAUAAAAGUGUACUUUUUCAGCACCCUGCUGAGGUUCAGUCCACCCUGACUGUUUGCAAAGCAGGUGCAAUCGGUGUGUGUUGCUGUCAAUGGAAACCUUUGCUUUCUGCACAAGGAUAUAAACUUUUAUAUCAGGCAAACAAGGGGAUAUCAAGCUUUGGACUAUUUUGAGCAUGUUGCCUUCCAUCCGUGUUUGCAGUGAUACGUGAAUUGAGUGAUAUCUGGCCAAUAAAGUGGUCAGGGUGAACAUUUCUCUUUACUCAUUUACUCACACUUUGGAAUGUGGUUUUGUAAAACUGCAAAAGUAAAUACAACUGAAUUGCCACAUGGAAUCACAUGGUUGAUGUUUAUGAAUAAUGUUGAAUGUCAUUAA